GUUGUAGGCGGGUCUAAUUGCCCGUUACACGGUCUUAGGGCGGCAGUAGAGGCUGCGUAAGGCGCUGAUCAAUCAAGCUCGGCUGAAGUCUGCAUAGCAACGCAGCAGCAGCUUGGCGCCUUACCUAUCCAAGUAUUUAACCUUUACGUAUUGCAAGUUGUAACAAAAUGACGGUCACUCGGCGCAAGGGCGUCAACAUCCAGGCCGAUGCGACCGAUUCGGCUGGGGAGAAGCAGCGGUACCCUGCGGCUCCGCCGACAUUCUCCCUGGGAGACAUCCGCAAGGCUAUUCCUGCGCACUGCUUCGAGAAAUCCGCACUGCGCAGCUUUGCUCACCUGGCCGUUGAUGUGACCGUCUGCGCCUGGCUGUGGUACGGGUCGACGUUCAUCGACCACCCAGCCGUGCCCCGCUACCUGGCCUGGUUCGUGCUGUGGCCUCUGUACUGGUUCUGGCAGGGCGCCUUCAUGACGGGCAUCUGGGUCAUUGCGCACGAGUGCGGCCACGGCGCCUUCUCCAACAGCGAGGCGCUCAACGACGGCGUGGGCCUGGUGAUGCACUCGCUGCUGCUGGUGCCCUAUUACAGCUGGAAGCACUCGCACCGACGCCACCACCAGAACACGGGCAGCACGGCCAAGGACGAGGUGUUUGUGCCGGCAGUCAAGCCCGCGGGCACUAAGGCUCCCUGGUACCACCGCAACCCCGUGUACCGCCUGGGCCACAUCCUGUUCCAGCAGCUGCUGGGCUGGCCGCUGUACCUGCUGUUCAACGUGUCGGGCCACGAAUACCCGCGCUGGGCCAACCAUUUCGACCCCUUCUCGCCCAUCUUCACCAAGCGCGAGCGCAUUGAGGUGCUGGUCUCUGAUAUUGCGCUGGCGGUGGUCGUGGCCGGGCUGGCCGCCAUCAGCCGCACCUGGGGCUUCAUGUUCCUACUUAAGACGUACCUCAUCCCCUACCUGGUGGUCAACCACUGGCUGGUGAUGAUCACCUUCCUGCAGCACACGCACCCCAAGCUGCCGCACUACGGCGACGGCGAGUGGGACUGGCUGCGCGGCGCCAUGGCCACCGUGGACCGCUCCUACGGCGUGCUGGACCACGUGUUCCACCACAUCGCCGACACGCACGUUGCGCACCACCUGUUCUCCUACAUGCCGCACUAUCACGCGGAGGAGGCCACCGAGGCCAUCAAGAAGGUGUUGGGUGACUACUACGCCUACGACAGCCGCAACGUGUUCCGCGCGCUGUGGGAUGAGGUGGGCGGCUGCGCGGUGGUGGCGCCGGACACCAACGGCCCGGAGCAGGUGUACUGGUACCACCGCUGAGGCGGGGGAGGAGCAGGAGAAGGAGGAGAACAGGAGGGCGGCGAGGGGUGACCUGAGUCGGUACGAGUGUGCAUUGUGUGACGCGUCAGACAGGUUGGUUGGUUAGUUGGGUAGAUCAGGCUGGUUGGUUGGGUAGAUCAGGCCGUAGGCUUGGGCUGCAGGUCGACGUUCGGGGACUCGGAACGGGACCUCUUGCCUUCCGCGCGUUGCAUGGAGCUGUGCGUAUGCAGUUGCUUAUGUGAGACGUGUUCGGAGGGCAUGGAAGGCUGAGUGAGUCGGCGUGGAAGUGCGUGCGUGCUGCGUCUUGACGUGCAGUUUUUGGGAACUUCCAUGCGCCCACGGUUGCGUGAUCGCGGUGUCCCGCCAUUUUUGUUCGUGGAAGACGCGUUUCUGAUGAGUGAUGGUUUGGGGCUUGCGUUGUGCGCAAAUAUGCGCGCACGCGCGCUGAGUAGAGGGGAGGGUGCAGGAGGGAAUAAGGCUGAGGCGUGAUGAAGGCUGUGUGGCUGCGUUAAGCCGCAAGUCGCGGGGUGGAGCAGGGCGUUGAUUGAUGACAUGUAGAGCUAUAGUUUGGGCAGCUACAGGUUGUAAAGACCAGAGUGC